GUCAGCGGCUGCGUUAGGUCGGCGGCGCGCGCCAGACGGACCCGCCCGACAGAGCGCCAGCGCCAGGCCGCAGCGCGCAGUGCCGGUGCCGGGGCCGGAGCCGGGGUGUGGUCGUGCAGUGCAGUGCAGUGCGUGCAGUGAGCUGCCGAUGCGGUGAGCCGCACCAUGCGUCGCGCGGGCUGGUAGCGGCCGCGGCAUGGCGCGCCGCGCCGCACGCGCCCGCGCCUGCUCCUCACACACACCAUGAGCGACCUGCAGGCCACCUUCGAGUUCUCCGUCGAACUCUACAAGUUCUACAAUGUCGACCUCUUUCAGAGAGGACUUUAUCAAGUGCGCGUGGGGCUCCGUGUGUCUCCGAAGGUACCGGUGCACAUCGAGGCCUCAGUGUCGAGUGGCAAUGGAGCCGCGCGCACUGGCCGGCCGGCCGCCAACGCGUCGCUGGUCGGCGGAGUGGCGGCCUCCCGGGCCUUCCAGAUCAUGUACCGCAAUGAAGAGGUCACGCUACGGGACAUCGUGCAUUUUAGAGCUCAUCUCUUAGUGGACAGUAGGAAUCUGAAGGAGUCCCUGGAGAGAGCGGAAUGGAGUCUUGGGGUGGAGUUGUGGUGCAGCGAGGGUGCGCAGUCCAGCACCCUGGCGCCGAUGUCCUGUCGGGUGCUGAAGCUGCACUUUCAACCUUCCCAAGGCCUCCACUACCACCUCCCAGUGCUAUUCGACUACUUCCACCUGUCAUCCGUCUCCAUCACCAUCCAUGCGAGCCUAGUUGCUUUACAUCAGCCGUAUAUCAAGAAAAGCAUAAUGCAUUAUGUGCAAAGCUGCACGCCACGCUCAAGUAAACAAUGGGGUAAAUUGAUGAAGAGCGCAGGAUCAUUCAAUACUUCGGGAAGCUUCGAGAAUGUACUAUUUGGAUCCACCGGCAAAUGUGCCGGUGGGAACUCUAGCAAGAUUGCGCAUGCAAGGCAAGUCCACGCCGAAGUAUGCGGAAUCCUGUUAGGGUCACUGGAGGGCCUGCAGAGUGCACUAGCUAUGUGUGGCUCCCCUGGUAUCCUGCUUACUCCUGAAGAGUCCUCCUCCAAUUCUGUAGUGGGAGAAGUCGCGCAGAGACUAAAGGAUCUUAGCGACUUUGGCAAGAAGUUGGAGAAGUCAGAAUGCGGCGAGGAGGAGGAGUGGGCGAUGAGCGCGGCGCACGACAUCGCGCGGCUGUGCGCGGAGGUGACGCUGCGGUGGCGCGCCUUCCUGCACCACGCCUCCGACCGGCCGCACGUGCACCACGCGCUCGCGGCCCGACACCAUGCGCUGCGCAUAAAGCGGUUCUCGGAGUGCUUUUUCGUGCUGGACAACCCUCGUCACUCGCUGGCGGGGUGCUACGACAGCAACUACCAGUCGUACCAGAGCGUGGGCGAGGCGGCGCGGCGCUCGCGGUACCUGGCGCUACUGCCGCCGCUACCUGUACACUGCAUCGCGCUCGACGGGGACCCACACAUCAUGCCCAUCAUAUUCGAGGACAGAUACCAAGACACAGCAGAAUUCGCGCGACGUCGUUCGUUUUUGAAUUCCAGUGCAAGCAAAUCCGGGAGCGAUCCUUUCCUAUGUUCGGAGCCCCUUGGAGAUGACUGUGCAUGUAGCGUAAGCUCACUCAUGGACUCCAGAAGACCAUCUUCCGAAGCCUCCAGAGUUACCCUCACACUGCCCAAAACAAUCAUCAAGCUUUGCGAACCAAAGUUUAAUACACCCAAAUCCGGUUCUGGUGUCGUUUCAGCAACAUUAACAUUAGCUCCCCAAAAAUCAGCCCACGGAUCCCCUAAACGAGCCUUAGUGAAACAAAAUGUUGUCGAACUACCCAAAGCACAUAAUAAACAACUCGAGCUCACCGGACGAAAUAGAUACAUUGUGCAGAACAACCUCAUCAACGAGAUCCAACUACCACCAAACAACGCGUUCGCUUCAUGCACGAUACAACAAGGACAGACGAUGUCACGAUACUCUGCUUCGACCUUGCUUGACAUUAGUACAGCAAAAAGUGCUUCUAACGUGUCGCAUCUAGGCAAGGAGCAAUCUGAACCAGGACUUGAAGUAUUUCGGCAAAAACACGAAAUCACUAGCGGGGUGAGCACUCUACCAGCUAGACACAGCAAGUCACUGGAUCAACUGCGAGUGUCUCAACUAGCGCCGCUCAAUACUACGCAAACGUUGACUAAGAAUGUGAGAAACGGUUCUAAUUCGUCCGUUAACUAUCCAAAACCGUACUUACCACCGCAGCAAGUAAAGCCUACCACAUUGCCAAGAAGUGUUACAACUAGUGCUUACCCAACAAAUACAACGACUAGAUGCAGUUCCAAAGGAGAUGACUAUAGAAGAAAUAUAAAUGAAUUUAGAGAAAAAUACAAAAAUCCUUGUAUCAAGAAAGUUGGACAUGGAAUGAACAAUGAAGUGUUUCAUAAUGUAGGCUAUAAGUACGAUGGAGUGAUGAAACCGAAUCCUAACCAAGUGUACGGCUAUACUUUCGGUAAUCAGGGUAAUCUGCAAGUAAACAAUGUUAUUCGUAAUCCGUUAGAGUUUCAAAGAGGCUACAGUGUAAAUUUACCCCGUCCUAUGUUGCCUCCACGUAAUUCUUACCCACCGGUUAGUGGUAAAAAUCAAGUGACUGAUCAAAAUAACUUAGUUUCUAAUAAACACGUACAUAGAUCAAAUUCUACGCAUGUGUUUCAUCAAAAAGUGGAAAAUCAACAAAUUGACAUUGAAGCUGCUCGUAAUCAACUUCGGCAUGAGCUCAACUACUACUUACAAAAAGGUGAUUGGAGUUAUGAUUUCAAUACAGGAAGUUUAAUUCAAAAUUACCAAAAGAAAUCUAGCAAAAGCAGUGAUGAUAGUGGAUUUGUGAUGACUUUAGAUAGAAGCAGCGACGGAACAUCUAAAUCAACGUAUUCAAAAACUCCGCCAUCUACUCCACACUCAACGAUGCCAUCAGUUAGGCAUAAAAAGAGCCGAUCUAAAGAGUCUAAACUAAAUAAUAGUGCAAAAGAAAAUACCAAAAUUAACUCAAGUAGAGAUUCAUUGAGCAGUCACCAUUCAAUAAAAUCUCGAGACAGCAAAUCGGAUCGUCACACAUCAAAAUCUGAACGAAGCACUCCAAAAUCUGAUCGUGCCACACCACGGUCUGGGAAAUCUACGCCCAAAUCCGGCGGGUAUACACCAAAAUCAGGUUUAGCUACACCUAAAUCUGGUAGAGCUACUCCAAAAUCUGGUGCUACGACACCAAAAAGUGGUAGGUCGAGUGGAAAGCCAGAAAAACGUACGAAACAUAAACCCUCAGAAAAGAUGACUCAGUUGAUGUCGGAGGCUGCAUCAUCGUCUAGUAACGAAAGUAUACCCUUCGAGUUGAGAAGAUUAGAAUCGUCUACCAGUGUCCCUUAUAGCCUCGAUCACGGGCCUGAGUUAUUACGACAUUGUAGAAGUGCGGCAUCUGUUUUAGAUGAACCAAACUUAAAUAAUACGUUUGGAUCCGAAUCUUUACCUAAUUUAGCCCCACCACCUGCAUUUGAGUCGCCUCCGCUUGAUAUAGCCGAUAAAGAUUUUAAAAUAUUGCCUCCCAAAAACUUUCUGAAUAAUGAAGAAAAACGUCGCAGAAGCACAUCUACUUCGAGUUUAAGUGAACAAAGUGGAUGGGUCUCUAGUGGCCGUAGUUCAGGUCCUUCCUCUCCUGAUAAUGCAAGUUGUCAAUUAAAUCAGAAUUUCGUAGCCACGAAACCAACAACAUCAAAAUCAUCCAGUAAAAACUAUGAAGAUACAAGUGAAAUUGGAAAGCAUGAUAGUGAAACUAUCAGUGAUUUCAAACGAACAGUCCUUAACGGAGAUCAGCUACGAGAACGACUUUUAAAGUUAGCCGUGAAAGUGGCUCAAAACACUUCAAACGAGAAAAUAGAAUGCUGUGAUAAGGAAGUGUGUGAAGAAUGUACUAUCUGUAGCGACUCUAUAUGCACAGAUAGCCAGUGUGAAUAUAAUAAACUGGUGCACAGUAAUGGUAUCGACGCAGGUUGCAACUCAGACACUUGUACUGCGAGCUGUUUUCAACAAAUAGCAGAAGCUAACGCAGUGAAAGGAAAUCAAAGGCACAACUCAUUUAGUGCUGUACAAGGUAAAACCUACAGCUCUUCAUCUAAAAGUUUAAAUGAGGGGACGGUUAAAAAAUCGCAAACAAUAAGUGACAAUUUACACCCUUACAUAAGGAAAGAAAUACCACAGAAAGCUCAGCCGGCACCUGCGAAAUCUCAGUCGCUGGAUAAAACUAAAUUGAAAGAUCGAAUACAGUAUACGGAAAAGUUAAUAGCGGCUGAGAUACGGAGUUUGACAGUGGAUCGUUCUUGUGUCAAAACUGGAAGCCACAAGAAAGGCAGUUCUGGCUCAGGGCAGAAGUAUUCGAAUAAAGCUAAAUCUGAAAUUGACUUAGCCCACUUCAUGGGCGACAAUGAUUACGAACAUUUACCUCCUCCGCAACAGUUUAGAGAUGCUCCACCUCCUCCAGACGAAUUUAAGGAUCCGCCGUCAAAAUCUCCGAAGCUGAGCAGACAAAGUAGCAAGUCGUCUACUCCGUCGAAGACACCGAGGAAGCAGCAAGCACAGGCUUCCUCGCUUCAGUUGGACAAUCCUUUGUAUCACGUGUGUGAAGGUUUAAUGGAGAGGCGGAAACUGAGGCCUCAUCAGUCAGUAAACUCUAGCAGCGCGCCCUCUGCUGGCACGCUUAAUAAAAGUCAGAGCACCGGAGAGUUGGCGAGCAGAAACGAUACCGAACAAAGAGAAAGUAAUCUCGUCAGUAUAUUCGGUCUGGCCGAAUCUGAAAGGCUAUUCGUGAAAUGCAGAGAGGAGUUUAGACAAAGCGUGAAGUACCCGGGAGCUAUCUACUCGGACUUCCCACCGGUUGAGAACUCUCUACCUUACUUCCAUAUCAGCGACGAGUAUAGAAUGUUCAAUCCGGAGGGGCUCCACCUUAUAAUCUGCGUUCACGGCUUAGACGGCAACGCGGCGGACCUCCGUCUCGUGAAGACUUACCUGGAACUAGGUCUGCCUGGGGCAAGGCUAGACUUCCUCAUGUCUGAGAGAAACCAAGGAGACACUUUCUCCGACUUUGACACUAUGACAGAUAGACUAGUACAAGAGAUCUUGACUCACAUUCAAAAUUCGAGUGAUCCAGCUCGAAUAAGUUUCGUGGGUCAUUCUCUGGGCACGAUCAUCAUUCGCUCGGCACUGGCCAGGCCACAGAUGAAGCCAUAUCUCUCCAAACUGCACACCUUCCUGUCUCUCAGUGGACCUCACCUAGGGACCCUGUAUAACUCCAGUGGACUGGUUAAUGCUGGUAUGUGGUUUAUGCAGAAAUGGAAGAAGUCUGGGUCUCUGCUGCAGCUGUCUCUCCGGGAUGCGUCAGACCCUCGGCGGUCGUUCCUCUACCGGCUGAGUGAGAGGAGUCAGUUGCAUCAGUUCAAACAUAUCCUGCUCUGUGGCUCCGGACAAGACCGAUACGUUCCACUGCACUCCGCAAGAUUGGAACUCUGCAAAGCCGCAGCUAAAGACACAUCACUUCUAGGACAAGCUUACAGGGAGAUGGUGCACAACAUGGUGUCCCCGCUGGCGCGCGCGGCGGGCGGCGGCGCGGCCGUGGUGCGCUACGAGGUGCAGCACGCGCUGCCGCACACGGCCAGCGCGCUCGUCGGCCGCGCCGCGCACAUCGCCGCGCUCGACUCCGACCUCUUCAUCGAGAAGUUCCUGCUCGUCUCCGCGCUCAAAUACUUCCGAUAACAAACUUACUAUCUCUACCACUCUCACUUCCUAACCAACAUCCCUCAUACUUCCCACAGUAUGCUGUAACUCCCGCGCUACUCAGCUCGCCAUAAACGUCUCUUCCAUAUCCAAUUUGCCCCAAUUUAAUACCAACCGCCAUUUUAGCAUUUUAUCUCACACAAACCUAUAUAAAUAAUUAUGUACCUAGAUCAUUGUGGAUACUGUUUUUCAGGUAAGUUAGAAUUAAGCAUUUAUUUGUAGUGAGAAUGAUAACACAAUCAGUUUAAUUUACCUAAAUGUCGUAUCCAAUUUUCCAGGUGGUAUCCAAUUGUUUUCUUUAGCACAGGCUUGUAUUUAAAACCGGCAUCAAGAAAAUAUCACAAAAUUCCAUUGGAUGAGACUUUGUCAUACAUGUGGUAAAUGUAGUACAACUAGCGUUGAGGAAUGAGCCAUAAGGCAACCAUAUGUGGUUAUAAAGCAGAAGGAAGGCCAUGAGAACACUCUUGAGACAAGAGUAAGCCAAUCCUGAAAAUAAUAACAGAUCGCAAAGUCGUUAUAUACAUAGGCACUCAUACCUAGUUGCGCGUAUUGCCUACCUAAUAAACGAGAUACAUGUUAUAUACCUACCUACUGCUAUCCUUUAUAGGUAGGUUUGAAGUAUUUAUACCCACAAACCGGCUGUGUAAGUACUAUCAGAGAAACCCUUGCAAUACUUGAACUGAUUUAAAAAAAACAUUUAAAAAACUUAUCUGCACAAAUUAGUGUUUUGAUCCUUGUCUCAUCCAGCUAUUUAUGUAAAUAUGGCUAAAAGUUUUAAUUAAAUUAAUUAGCAUUUUAUUUUAACUCGCAUUUCGUAGGUAUUUUAAUUUUAUGGUUUUUGAAAUUUUCAGAUUUACCUGCCUUAUUUCUAUACCUUAGAAAGGGAAUAUAUUUUUUAUUGAUAACAUUCUAUAAUAACAAAUACCUAAUCAAAGAAAUAAUAACUGAUAAAGAAUAGGGGCAAAUAUUUCAACAGGCUAAGUAUAUGCUAACUAGUUAAACAACUUAAUUAUAAUUCGGUGUGGUAUUAAAAUGGGUAUUUUGGGUUUGUAUUAAAAAUUGAAACUCUGGCUUCAAUUUUCACUGGGUAUCAUGCCCCUAUCUAGUCUCGAUCCAUGCUGAUCACCUUGAAACAACACCAUGAUUCAUCUCCCAAGACCUACAGGAUUUUCGAAAUUAUAAAUAGACUUGGUGACAGCGUGAUAAUUCGUAGCAUCUGAAACGUAGUGAUUUUAUGAACUCUGUUGAGGGUUAACUUACUUAAUCAACAAUUUUAAAUAUUUAAGUAGGUUUUAAAAUGGAUCUUUACACCAAUUAAUUAAGACUAAGUAUAAUUUUAGCGAGUGUAGAUAAUAUAGGUAGAUGUUAUUUGUGUUAUGGUUCGAUAUUAUUAUGAACGGUACCUACCACUUUAUAAAAUCUGAUUGUUUGCUAUGGAUGUACCCGGCUGGCCGUAUUCAAUCAAUUUACUAGUAUCCAAGAGUAUCCUUGGAACAUAAAACAGUUUAAUCAUAUAUCGCAUAGGUUGACACGCCCUAUAAUUGUGUUAAUUUACAUCCAUAGUAAACAAAUGAUGAUCUCUAUAUCCUUGUUUCUCCUCCACUUCUUAGGCCCAUCAUAAAAAUCUAAGCACUAUUAAUAUUAAUUAUUUUCUACUUUACUUGAAUUGUAAAUAUGGGUCUGAUGUGUGUAUGACUAAAGUAAACCCUAUCUACCUACCUAAUGAAAUCAAUUAUCUAAUGUUGCACAAAGGGUUUUAAGAAUAGUUAUUAAUAAGAUAUCUAAGUACAGAGUUUAAUUGAUCACCACAAUUGAGUUUACUAUUGUCGAGCAGGAGAACUAAUCAACCAGCCCGUAGCCUUAACGUAAACAAAAAAAUAUAUAAACUACUUAACAUUAGAUGAAAGUUGUAAAUCUUUAACGAAUGUUAGACUGAUAUUUAAAAAUAUACUGACACAGACAUUAUAUUAUAUAUGUAUAAUAAGUUUCAUAGAUUAUCUUUUCUGAUAAAUUGGUACUUACACUUACUAGUGAAUAUUUUUGUUAAGAAAAGUUAAAUCUUGCUCUGUCCACUUGUGUUAUUCUGUAGAUAAAAAUACUUAAUACAGGGCUUGGAUUAUUGAUUUACUAUAAUUAUUCGACGCAUUAGUGUACCACUGAGAUAGUAAUUGUAGGUAGGUGAUACGAUACCUCUUUAUUGCUCACAGGCAUGCUUGGAGGAAAUGACAACGUUACAGUUUCUGUCGAACUGUCGAUCUUUGAAACUUGAAUUAAAAUUAAUUACAAUACAUAGACCACUAUUGGGGCAUACCUGUAAAAGUGUAUCCAACUCCUAAAAACGAAAUAUCGUUUUUUUAAUAAAAAAUACCGAUUUAAAUAAUUAGCCAGAAAAUAAACAGGUGAGGAUGUUCCCACAAAUCACAGUUAAAAAUGCUUACAAACAUGAAGGUAUAUUUUCGUAAAACAUUAAAUCACAAUGUUAUCCAACAAUACAAAGCAAUUGACGUGUUUAAUAAUGUUUGUAAACUUUCUCAACAAUUGUAUGGGAGCCCUGUUUAAAGAUCAAUACCACUCAAGAGUUCGUCCCUCGACGUUUAGCCCACUACCACAAAUAUAAAGCUAAAAUAAAAUACGUCUCUUAAACUACUUCAUUUAAAAUAAAGUUCUAUUGAAACUGGCGCCUUUGUCGUAACCCUUUAUUUAAUGCAGAUUAUUAAAUACCUACUUAUCUAGGUGUGUAUCAAAAACAUCUCGAAUGAAUUUUGUAAAUAUUAUAAAAAAUAUUUGUAAAUCGUAUGUUUAAUGGCAAUGUGUCGAUGUUAUACACUUAUGAUAAUAAAUAAAU